GUAUCCAAUUGAGGGAAUUCUCCAAGAUGUUGCAAAGAGCAGAGAGAGAGGGAGAGGUGAGGUUUGCAACACUCAGCCUGGGUUUCAUUGAGGAUAAUACAGCCAGCUCUUGGAAGAUCACCCUUCAUCUGGUCACUUCUUCUGAAGCGUGGACUUUUUUAUAUUAGCGGGAGGCUUUUUUUUAUUGGUAUUCAUUCCUCUCGAGGUAGUUCCAAUGCCUAAAAACAUCGUUUAAGCCUUGGCGGCAGCUUGGACUUUCGAACGUUUAGAGUUGGGUUGGGAGCGACAGAGGUGGAUAUUCGAUGGACAUCACAACAUCGUGUUUCUUUGUACAGCCCUGGAUUUACCCCCAGCUUCGAUCCGCGCCCGGACUUGCCCCGGAUUUCUUGCUGAUCUCUUCCCUGCACUGUGUGUCGGCGAUGUGAUCCGCGACUCGUACCUUCCUUGCCGGUGGUGAGAAACCGAAAGUCUUCGCUCCCUUUUUGGCGAUGUUUCCAAUCUGAAUUAUCUCCCUCACGACUGCCAUUCCAUCCCACGGCUCCACGCAAGUGCGUUUCUGGAGCACUUCUGUUUGUCAUUUUAUUUUAUUUUUAAAUAAACAACAACAACAACAAAAAACCAGUGGGACAGUUUUGAGUGGAACAGCAUCCAAGGAUGUAUCCACAAGGCAGGCAUCCCGCACCUCAUCAGCCGGGACAGUCUUUUAAGUUCACGGUGGUGGAGACCUGCGAUCGCAUCAAGGAGGAGUUUCAGUUUCUGCAGGCGCAGUAUCAUAGCCUCAAGCUGGAAUGCGAGAAGCUGGCCAGCGAAAAGACAGAAAUGCAACGGCAUUACGUCAUGUACUAUGAAAUGUCCUAUGGAUUGAACAUUGAAAUGCAUAAACAGGCGGAAAUCGUGAAGAGACUUAGCACAAUAUGUGCACAAAUUAUACCUUUCCUCUCCCAAGAGCACCAGCAGCAAGUGGUCCAGGCAAUAGAGCGGGCCAAACAGGUCACCAUGGCCGAGCUGAAUGCCAUCAUUGGGCAGCAGCAGCUUCAGCAUCUGUCUCAUCACGCACCUCCAAUUCCGCUCACUCCCCACCCAUCAGGGCUGCAGGUAGCAGGGAUUCCGUCGCUGGGCGGUGGCUCGGGGCUCCUGGCUCUCUCCAGUGCCCUUGGAGUCCAUGCCCACUUGGCAAUGAAGGAGGACAAGAACCAUCUGGACAUGGAACAUCACCGAGACGGAGAUCGGGACGCCAGCAGAAGUAAAUCGGUGUCUCCCUCUGACAGUCUCCGAGCUGAAGACAGGCACCGAGGCUCGCUCGACUACACCACCGAGGGCAAGAAGAGGAAGUGUGACGACAAAGAUUCGGUGGGACAUUACGACAGUGACGGCGACAAGAGCGAUGACAACUUGGUCGUGGAUGUUUCAAAUGAGGACCCGUCGUCUCCACAGGGCAGCCCGUCCCACUCGCCCCGGGGGAACGGGCUGGACAAGUUCCACCUGCUGCGCAAGGACGCCCCCAGCAGCCCAGCGUCGCUGGCCUCCUCACGUAGCACCCCGCCCACCAAGUCUAAGGAGCCAGGCCUGAAUGAGAAGGCCACCACUCCAGUCUCGAAGUCCAUCACCCCCACACCACGGAGUGAUUCCUUAACUCCCGGACCCAGCUCUGCGUCUCGACUGCGACAGAUGUCCAGUAAACCCAGUGUGGACGCUUUGGGUCUAAGGAGCCCACUCACCGUACCCGGUCCCUACGCUACACCGUUUGGAAUGAUGGCACACGCGGGAAUGAAUGGGGAGUUGCCCAGCCCCGGGGCCUACGCAAGCCUCCACAUCUCACCUCAAAUGAGCUCAGCGGCCGUGUAUUGCCGAUCACCAAUGGUUGCUUUUGACUCUCAUCCUCAUAUGCGUGCCUCAGGACUUCCUCCGAGCCUGCCCACCAUACCCGGGGGAAAACCGGCGUACUCAUUCCACGUAAGCGCCGACAGCCAGAUGCAGCCGGUCCCCUUUCCGCCUGACGCCUUGGUGGGGCCGGGAAUUCCCCGACAUGCCCGGCAGAUCAACAACCUGAAUCACGGUGAGGUGGUGUGUGCCGUGACCGUCAGCAACCCCAUGCGGCACGUGUACACUGGUGGCAAAGGGGUGCGUGAAGGUGUGGGACAUCAGCCAGCCCGGCAGCAAGAGCCCCGUCUCCCAACUCGACUGCCUGAACCGGGACAACUACAUCCGCUCCUGCAAGCUGCUCCCCGACGGACGCACUCUGAUCGUGGGCGGGGAGGCCAGCACGCUCUCCAUCUGGGACCUGGCGGCUCCAACUCCACGGAUAAAGGCCGAGCUGACCUCGUCUGCGCCCGCUUGCUACGCCCUCGCCAUCAGUCCCGACGCCAAAGUCUGCUUCUCCUGUUGCAGUGACGGCAACAUUGCCGUGUGGGACUUGCACAACCAGACCUUGGUCAGGCAGUUCCAGGGACACACGGACGGAGCCAGCUGCAUCGACAUUUCAAACGACGGGACCAAGUUGUGGACCGGUGGCCUCGAUAACACCGUCAGGUGCUGGGACCUGAGGGAGGGGCGGCAGCUCCAGCAGCACGACUU